CGUUCGUAACGGUCGAUCGUCACGAUUUUUCUCAUUUGCGCUGCUCUCUCAGUUUUGUUCGGGUCACGUCCAUUCCUCACGUAUUCUUCUGCUCUUUUAAUUACGCCACAUCUGCUCUUGACACAAACCACAGUCUCGGGCCCCGGUGACGCGAAACUGCGGAUUUUGAAAAAAUUUUUCAUUUCGGCGCGAUUCCAGCGACACUCAACACGGAGGUAAGAGAACAGAAGUGUUUUGUGUUUUUAGAAAAUGAGUUCUCUGCUCCAGCAACGAGAAGAGGGUCGCCACUUUUUUGGCGAUGAUUUUCCAGUGAUAAUGAGUGAAGACGAAGAGUCUUUAAAUGAGACAACAGAUGGCUGGCAGGAGCCUCAAGAAGACAGCAGCAGUGCCCACGUGGCUUCUGGGGACCUCACUGAAUGGAAGCCUGUCGACUGCUCAGAGAGUGGCGCCGUCUCCCGUACUGCCGCACCGCUCGCUGAGAGCGGAGGGACCCAGGAGUCAGUCAAGACUGAAGACAAUAAGGACACUGUGAACCAUGUGUGGCAGCACUGCUAUGAUACAGCGGAAAAUACACCAAAUUGCAGUUACCGUUUGAGAUCUCACGCAGAUGAGAAGCUAUACGUGUGUCUCGUGUGCUCUAAGUGUUUUUGCACCCGGAGCCAGCUCACUCGCCACUAUCAAGCAUGUAUCUUCGCCGACUCGGAACAAUAUGACAAACAUGCUGCUACAGAGCUGAAGAGUGAGUCUGAGGAGUCUUCUCCUAGCUCUGACUCAUGCUCGCCAUUAAUGCUGAAGUACACCUGCCAAAUAUGCUUUUAUGCUACUGGUAGUUUGGCACAUUUUAAUUGCCAUUUAAGAACACACAGGGGUGAGAAACCAUACGUGUCUCGUACCUGGAGCCAUCUGAUCCGACACAUUCGGACGUGCAACUAUAGAGACCUCUCCAGUCUUGCUUUAAAGAUGCAGACGUGUGAGUUUUGCAAGUACACCACUAAUUCCCCAUAUAACUUAGAGGUCCACAAGCGAAUCCAUGCAGGCCAGUGAUGUGUAUGAUGUGUAAAGCUGAGUUCCGCACAUAAAGCCAUCUUCACUGCUGCAAUAGGAGCCAUAUAAAGAAAUCGGAAUAGCUAAUGUACUUGCAGUGGCUCAACUUGAAAUAGUCCAAAAAUGGCCUGAAGUCUAACACCCAAACUAAUACUUUAUCUAUAAUACUAAUACUGAUACUAAUACUUAGAAGUAAUAGUUUUCUUCUUUUCAAAAUCCUAGUUGAAAUUUGAAAAUAAAUUUCAAGCUUUGACCCUGAUUUCAAC